AUGGAAGAUAAUUUUUCAUUUGAUUUUCCAGAGCUCAAUAACUUACCUAGUUUUUAUGCACAAGAAAAUUUUGAAGACGAAAAUAAUUUAAAUGUAAAUAAAAAUGCCGCAGAAAAUGAAGUGAAUGAAAAAAAUUGCAAUAUUUUAAAAAUUUAUGAAUAUUUAAAUAAUGAUUUAGAACAAGAUGAAGUACUUAUUGAAAAACUUAGAAAAUUUGAAGAAAAAUUAGACAAAUAUAUUAAAAAUUAA